UGCUGUAAUGGGAGUGGGCGAGCUGGGAUAGGCUGGGAGUUUGGUCGGAACCUUCAACAGGCCGGGACAGAGGCAGAAGGAAAAGAGAACGCGAGAGAGAAGGAUCCACAGAGCUGCAGGGAAGCUGCAUGUUUGACAGGAAAUUAGUCAUUUUUACGGAAAGCAGGGGGUCGUUAGAGUCAGGGCUCACGGAUCUGAACGGCUUGGAUGACCAAGAAGAAUUAGGGUUAAAACUUUUUUUUUUUUUUGUGACCGCUAGUAAGAAACACAGGGAGAGAUAUCUGCAUUCGGUUGGAACGGAUAAAUAGGAGGACAUCAUGCCGCGGCGCACCGUGCAAGAGGUGAUCGUUCAAGAUGUCCAGAAGCGAAGGAUUCCCAGCAAACACUACGUUUACAUCAUCAAAGUCUCCUGGAGCGAUGGCAGCACAGAGACAAUUUACAGACGCUACAGCAAGUUUUUUGACCUCCAGAUGGAAUUGUUGGAUAAAUUUCCAGUGGAGGGAGGACAGAAAGACCCUAAGCGUCGAAUCAUUCCCUUCUUGCCAGGGAAGAUUCUGUUUAGGAGGAGCCAUAUUCGAGAUGUGGCAAUGAAGAGACUACGGCCCAUCAACGAGUACUGCAGGGCUUUGAUCCAACUGCCAGUCUACAUUUCCCAGUGUGAAGAGGUCAGAGUGUUUUUUGAGACCAGACCUGAAGACCUCAACCCACCCAAAGAGGAACCCAUUGGAAAGAAGAGGGCAGGGUUUGUGGAGAGAACGACUACUUACCUAAAGCGAGCAGGAGACUCCAACUCUGCAGACCCUCUCCUCCUCGAACAGUACGUGGCAGUAACCGACUAUGAGAAGCAGGAGAGCACCGAGAUCAGUCUGCACGUGGGUCAGGUUGUGGAAGUCAUUGAGAAAAAUGAAUCUGGGUGGUGGUUUGUGAGCUCAGAAGAUGCUCAGGGUUGGGUCCCUGCCACCUGCCUGGAGGCGCAGGAUGACCCCGAUGACUUCACACUUCCUGGAGAAGAAGUACCUCGAAGGUUCUGGUCACUGCCGAGGCACGUGGGUCGUCGCAGAACAUUAGGGGAUCUAUUCAGCACAGGCUUUGGGCAAGGUGGAGCGCACGCCUUUCUUUUCCCCACUAUCCUGAAAGAGAAGUAUUCUGUGAUUUACCCUUACUCGGCCAGGGAUCAGGAUGAAAUCGAUCUGGAGAAGGGCAUGAUUGUUGAGGUUAUUCAGAAGAACUUAGAGGGCUGGUGGAAGAUCAGGUACCAGGGCCGUGAGGGCUGGGCCCCUGCCUCCUACCUGAAGAAAGCCGAUAUUCAAAGCCAGAGGCAGUCAGCGGGUGCUGCUGCCCAUGCCAGUACAAAUGAUCUGGAAGCUUUCUCCAAACAGAACCAACAAAACAACGCAGCGAGGGAGAACCGAGAUAACAACCAGAAAGACAAUAGACUCUCCUUUUUCUCUGAUAACAAAAAAGUGGGAUUAAGACACCGGCCACCCCCUCGUCGAGACCUUACCAUUCCACGUGGUACAAACUUACCCAAGCCACCCGUUCCUCCCCAGGUUGAGGAAGAAUAUUACACCAUAGCAGACUUUCAGACUACUAUCCCUGAUGGUAUUAGCUUCCAAGCUGGUGUCAAGGUUGAAGUAAUUGAGAAGAAUGCAAGUGGUUGGUGGUAUAUCCAGAUAGAUGACACUGAGGGCUGGGCACCAGCUACCUUUGUUGACAAGUACAAGAAGACCAGUAAUGCCUUGCGACCUAAUUUUCUGGCCCCACUGCCCAAUGAGAUGGAGAAGCUGAGGCAGGAGGAUGGUGGUUCUUCAAAUGUUUUAGGCAAAGAUGACACAUGGUCCAAGCCUUUGCCAGAUGAGCCCACUACAGGCUCUGAGUCAUGUGCUCGCCCUAAGCUGAGGGACUGGAAGUCCAAUCCCAGCAAGGGGACCUCAGCCUUCUCUGGACCAUUGCCACCAGCCCCAGCAGCCCCUCCAGCUGAGGAGAAACCAGCUCUGCCCCCGCGAAGAGAGUCCAUUAACAAGAGCUUUGAAUUGGAGGUGGCAGAGAAGGCCAAGUCUGAUCAUUCCAAGCCUUUGCCUCCAAAACCCCCAGCACCAGGGGUCAUUAUGCCUCAUGUGGCACCCAAGAUGCCCCCCUUCAAACCAGAAAAACCAACAGAGGUCAAGAAAGAUGAUAAGAACAAAGCUCUUUAUCUCCGUAAUGAAAUGGGUCUUGAAUGUGGUCACAAGGUGUCUGCCAAAGAGGUGAAAAAGUUUAAUCUAAAACCUGUACCCAAACAGCCACCAAAGCCUAAGCCAGAGAUUCAAGAAGAGAAACCAGAGGCUGCUGGUCCUGCGUCGUUCAUAAAGGCCAAGCCAGUGAUCAGACCUAAACCUGCCCCAGCUGCCAAGCCAGAAGGACAAGCAGAUGACAGCAAAUUGGACAUUACCAACCUAAGAAGCAAGUUGAGACCAUCAAAACCGGCAGAUCUGGGUUCUGCAUCAGCUGAGGUGAACCAUCAGAAUGAUACCUCAGCAACAGGAAAUGGUUUCCACCCAAGUUCACCCCCUAGCUCCCCAUCAGUCCACAUCCCAUCUGUCAAUAAUGGCAAAUGCUCUGAGCCAAAACUUCCCACAAAACACACCAACGGUCUCAGUCAGGAGAGAUCAUCACCCCCUGCAAAACCAGCAGUGCCCCCCCAUAAAGAACUUCCUCAAAGACCUCCUACCAUGGCUCCAAGAAGACCUCCUCCUCCAAAGAAAACAGAUCCAUCAAGCCCGACUGAACCAAAAUCUCCCCCUACUCUCAAAGAGCCCCAGGAGGUCCCCAGGCCUGGACCACCACAACUCAGCAGACCUCCUCCCCCUAAACCCAAAGGGUUUGUUCAUCCUCCUGUAAGCAAAGAGAAUAACGAGCCCAGGGUGAAUAAAGUCCCAAUCCCUCCCAAACCUCAGCUGAAGAGUGAGAAACCCGGACCGCCCAAAGACAAGCUCCCUCCUUUACUCAAGGAUUCGAGUAAAGAUGAGCUUUAUCUAGCUGUGGCGGACUUCGAAGGGGAUGAGCAGACAUCGAGCUUCAAGGUGGGGACAGUGUUUGAGGUUCUUGAGAAAAAUAGCAAUGGAUGGUGGUUUUGUAAAAACGUAGGCGAAGAAGUCGAGGGCUGGAUCCCUUCGAACUACCUGAGCAAGAAGCCCUAGAUUCUCUAAAGCAAAAUAUGGGGAGCUUGAAACAGAACAAGUCAAGGUUCUAGUUUAUUUAUAGGUACCUUUAAUUCACUUCCUUCAAAGAAUAUCCAACUGAACCAGCAAUAACUUGACCUUUAUUUAGUUUUGUGUGAUGAUUUACCUUUCUAACCUAGUAAUUGUAAGAACUGCUUAUUGUGGCUAUAUGUCAGUCAAAGCCAAUGUCCAUUUUGCUUUUACUCAGGCUAGAACUUAGAACAAAUGUCUCUACACCUAUGCCUUUUAUAAUAGUGCCUCAAAUGUAUGCAAAGUGCAUAUCAAUCUGUAUGCAGCUGUCUUAGUGACUUAGUCAAUGCAAUAAUCUUCAGAACAAGAAUUAACAGAGUGGAACAGGAACAAAUCAAAAUUUAUAGACUUCACCUGGGCUUUAAAGUACCGUUAGAUUCCGCGUCAAAUUUGCCGGUAUGUAUGCUAAGUAUAAGUGCAGUUUGCUUUCUAGAGAUUGCUGUUUUUCGUAGUUGUAAUUCUUGUACACCAGAUGUGCACUUUCCGUAAGUUCAGGUGAGGUAAAUAUUUGCACACCCAACAUAAGAGGAAGAAUGCAGUAGUGCAUUUUAAUCUCCUGCCAUUCAUUUUUAUUUGUCCAGCUUGUAAUCUCAUUUCAACAAAAUGGUCAAAUCCUCAGUUUGGGUGAGGCAGAAUAGUCCAAACUUAGAGGUUGAGGGUGUUCUCUGUUAAAGUAUUUCUACACAAUAAUGUCAUCUCACACUCAGAAAUGUGAAUUGAAGGUUUGCAUUGGUUUGUGCAAUGUUUUACAUUGUUGUAAACGCACAGGCUCAUCCUAAAGGAAGUCUGCCGCUCAAGUGACAACGUGAUGACCAUCGUAUAUAAAUGUUUUACAUUAAUGCUUGACUGGUCUCAAGCAUGGUCAGUAUUGCAGAUUAUUUUAUCUUUCAUUUUGGUUUACAAUCUAGAUUGGAAUCAAACACAUUCAGUAGGAAAACUAAGUUGCUUAAUACUCAUGUUGAGCAACCAAUGCUACUUUUUCAUCAAAUGGCUUAAUUGUUUAAAAUGGGAAAAAUGAAUGCAUAGACAAGGCUAAAAGCUGUAACACGGAUUCUGUUCUGCUUCUAGUUGCUUUAGUGUUUCGUCAUUUUCAAAUGACAGUAUACCAGAAAAGAGGAACCAAAUAUGCAUAGAAAGUUCUUUUCAAGUUUAUGCCUUGUGGCCCAAAAAAAACCCAACAUAUGGGCAGAUGGUGCUGUCAUUUCUGGUUUCUUUUUUUCCCCAAUGUACUUUGCAUUAGCCUACAUUGAGUCUGUUUUUGCUUUUAAGUAAAUAAAAUUUUCAAGUUUUCCAUUUAA